AUGUCUGAACGUAAGGUCCUGAACAAAUACUUUCCUCCCAACUUUGAUCCCUCACAGAUCCCUAGACAAAAAAAGCCCAAGGAUCUACAACACAAAGUACGUCUCAUGUCGCCUUUUUCAAUGCGAUGUGAGAGUUGUGGUGAAUACAUCUACAAGGGUAAAAAGUUCAACGCUAGAAAAGAAACAGUAGAAGGAGAGACUUAUUUGAACAUCAAGAUUUAUCGAUUUUAUAUAAGAUGUCCACGUUGUUCAGCCGAGAUUACGUUCAAGACAGAUCCUAAAAACACAGACUACGUAGCAGAACAUGGUGCCACACGUAACUUUGAACCUUGGCGUAACGAUGAAGACAAAAAGUCUAGUUCUGAAGAAGAAGAAGAUCCCAUGAAAUCACUCGAGAGUCGCACACUGGACUCGAAGCGAGAAAUGGAAAUCAUGGAUGCAUUAGAUGAAAUCCGCACAAGAAAUGCGCGCUCUGAACGUGUGGAUGUGGAUGAAGUCUUGAAUCGAUUCUCGACUGAAGAUAAAGCAGAGAUCAGUGAACGCAUGAAAGUAGAGGAAGAAGAAGAUGAAAAACAAGCCAAGGCAGUCUUUCAGAGUGGCGAUGGAGAACAAGUGCGUAAACUCAAGCAGGCAGAACCAGACGCUAUCAGUCUAGUGAAUCAUCAAGCCAAGAAAGCAACCGACAAGUCCAUUAGUGACUGUCAAGAAAAAGAAACAAGACACCAAUGGGUUGUCUUUACUGGCAGGUUAUGA